AUGGCUUCACGAUUGAUGCUGUCGUCUCGGACAGGUCUUGCGCUCGUCGCAGGCUGUCUUCUUUUUGUCUGUGUAGCCGCAGCUUCUGCCCAUACCGGUACCUUGUCUGUGGGGGAAAUUGAAGAGCAAUUGCAGAAUUGCCCUUUGGUCGAAGCUCUGAAUGAGCAGAAGAGAGCCUCAGCGCCGGAAACUACGAGCUUGACGGCUCAAAUCUUCUCUGUUUUGUUCCCAGGAAGCCCGGCCGUGAACUCUCUCCUGGCCACUCUGUAUAUCUCUGGUCCUCCUAACUUCCUUCUCGCAUUAUGUCCUCCAAACAUUGACCCUUCGUCACUGUCUGUUAUGGUCGCCUUCGCCGUGGGUGGCCUGCUCGGCGACACGCUGUUCCACCUGCUUCCAGAAAUCUUCUUAGGUGAAGCAUCUCCAGACCAUGUGAGCUUCGUCAUGGUCGAACCAAACAAGAACCUCCUUCUCGGCCUGGGUAUCAUGGUUGGUUUUUUCACCUUUGUCGCAAUGGACAAGACACUCCGUAUCGCCACCGGGGGUGAAGGCGGCCAUGAUCAUUCCCACGGUCACUCGCACUCUAGCCUCGACAACGCAAGUACCACCGGUGCUCAAACCGCCGGUACCAGCAGCGGUGAAUUGAAGCAGCGCAAAUCCCAAAAGUCCACAAAUGAGCUCUCCGCGCAAGACUCCCCCGUAGAGAAAGAGAUCAACCCUAGCGUCAAGCUCGGCGGAUACUUGAAUCUCAUCGCCGACUUCACACACAACAUCACCGACGGUCUCGCUCUAUCCUCUUCAUUCUACGCUUCUCCAACAAUCGGCGCAACUACCACCGUCGCCGUAUUCUUCCAUGAAAUCCCCCAUGAAGUAGGUGACUUUGCCCUUCUUAUCCAGUCAGGCUUCUCGAAGCGCAAGGCCAUGGGUGCGCAGUUCGUCACGGCGAUCGGCGCCUUCCUGGGGACUUUCAUUGGGAUUGCAGUCCAGGAGUUCGGAGGCAACAGCUCGGUUUCACAAGCGGCUGCUGGUGCUGGAAUCUGGGGAACCAGUCUCCAAUGGGGCGAUAUGCUUCUCCCCUUCACGGCUGGCACUUUCUUGUACGUUGGGACCGUGGCCGUGAUCCCGGAAUUACUGGAGACUGGUAAAGAUAAGGGCGCCGAGGUGCGAAAGACCUUGACCCAGUUCCUGGCUGUGGCCGUGGGUGCAGGAAUCAUGCUUUUGUAA